AGAAGCCGGUAGCUUUGUCGCUGAACUUGCUGAAGUACAAAUCUGCUCUGCUCUGUAACAACAUCAGCGAUCUGAGCGAGCGAGCGGCCUGGCUGGCUAGUGUUUUCUUCAACUUGUUGCUGUUCCUGAACUUCGUUUCCAGGAUAUCAAAAACAUGUCUAGGCGAUAUGAUAGCCGAACAACAAUCUUCUCUCCAGAAGGUCGUCUUUACCAGGUUGAAUAUGCAAUGGAGGCAAUAGGAAAUGCAGGCUCUGCAAUUGGGAUAUUGUCUAAAGAUGGAGUUGUCUUGAUUGGUGAGAAGAAGGUCACUUCCAAACUCCUGCAGACCUCAACUUCCACGGAGAAGAUGUACAAAAUUGAUGAUCAUGUUGCAUGUGCUGUGGCUGGAAUAAUGUCUGAUGCAAACAUAUUAAUCAACACAGCAAGAGUUCAAGCCCAGCGAUACACUUAUGCUUACCAAGAGCCAAUGCCCGUUGAGCAACUGGUUCAAUCUCUCUGUGAUACAAAGCAAGGCUACACUCAGUUUGGUGGUCUACGGCCCUUUGGCGUUUCUUUUCUGUUUGCUGGAUGGGAUAAAAAUUAUGGCUUUCAAUUAUACAUGAGUGACCCAAGUGGAAACUAUAGCGGUUGGAAGGCUGCUGCAAUCGGUGCAAACAACCAGGCAGCACAGUCGAUGCUCAAACAGGAUUACAAGGAUGAUAUCACCAGGGAAGAAGCCAUCCAGCUUGCACUUAAGGUGCUCAGCAAAACCAUGGACAGCACAAGUCUGACUUCAGAUAAGCUUGAAUUAGCUGAGGUUGUCCUUUCACCCUCUGGAAAUGUCAAGUAUCAAGUUCGCUCGCCCGAGUCCCUAAGCAAGUUGUUGGUGAAGUCUGGUUUGACUCAACCGGCUGCUGAGGCUUCCUAAAGAUGCUGGAUUACUUGUCACUUGGUCUAACGCAUUUCAUCUUCAUCAUAUGACCUGAAGUGAACACUGGUGUUUGGAUAUGUCGUUAGAUUGUUGGUUUUAUUAAUGUGCACUCUAUAAAGUUUAUAUUUACUCGUGUUAGAAACGCUGGUAAUUAUCCUUACUAUGUGCAACUAUCAAGUCAAGUUAUUACAUUGCAAUUAUUUUUAUCUUUUUGUUUGAC